AUGUCUUCUCCCUCGACUCGGCCAUAUCGGUCAAAACGUCAGCGACCCUGUGAUCAAUGUCGGGCGCGCAAGCUAGGAUGUCAAACGGGCGGCGGAGCCUGUCAACGAUGCCGAUCGGCCAAGUUGAAUUGUACUUUUGAUAAACCUCCACCGAAAAGGGCCCGACACUCGGCUCUUCCUUUUGCAAGCGUCGAAGAAUCGACACCCAAUGGCGACUUGACUCGCGAAUCCAGCGUGAGUGCAUCCCGGGAACCGCGAUUCCCUUCCCUGGGCUUGGAUCAAAGCAAUGGCCUGUCGCCAGGCUCCGGUAUCAUACCAUCCGGGCGACCCCCGGCCCAAUUCGUCCAGAGCAUCGACCAACUAGAAAAUGGCCAUGCACAACUGUUUGGCGCAUCCGCCGAAUCAGAUCCGUGGUUGUUGAGGCACUGUUGCUUUGAUGAUUCUGGAAUGAAGCACUUCUAUAAGGUCCACUUUCGCAAUGCUGGAGGCGUGCCAACCGUCCAAAGAAUCCCCGUGCACUUCAUGAUCUCGGCCGAUGAGCUCGCAGAAGCCAUCAAGCUAGAGACUAGGGCUGGUGCUGGCGAUGUAACACGCGAACGUCUGAAUUAUCUAGUGCCCCCGGAAUAUGGAAGGAGACUAGUGGGUUUGUUUGUCAAAUAUGUGUUUCCUGCUCUGCCGAUUAUCUCUCGUUCCCAGCUGGGGUUGACUACGGCGUCAUACCAACUGCCAGAGUUAUCCGCGCUAGAAAAUGUCCCUAUCCACUUGCUCGCCGCCAUCUACGCAGCGGCCUUCCCAUUCGUGGCCCAUGACGAUUACCUAUGUGUUCUGAGCACCUACCACGCAUCCCCGGUUGACACACUGUGGCGCAUGGUCUAUGAACUCAUUUCCGAAGAGAUCCACAGCCCCCGAUUGGCAGUCCUACAGGCAGCCUUACUGUACAUUCAUCAGCAGCCAAGAGAUGAGGCCCGCCUGACGACGGCCGACACUCCAUUCUUGUGGUCAUUUGUCGGCCAAAUCGUUGGACUGGCUUGCUCGCUCGGCCUUCACAUUGAAUGCCGUAUGUGGGGUAUCCCAGCAUGGGAGAAGCGCCUACGCCGGCGGUUGUGGUGGGCUGUCUAUGCCGAAGAUAAAUGGCGAAGUUUGUUGAUGGGCCGGCCGCCCUAUAUCCAUCCUGCCGAAUGGGACGUGAGUGAAUUGGAUGAAGGGGACUUCCUGGUGGGCCCACGACAAGGAUUCUCCACACUGUCUUGUGAUACUGAGAUCCCUUUCCGGUACCUAGUCAAUCUCACACGUAUCGGCGAAGAGAUCCAUGACACAUUCUACACGCUGCGAGCUUCGCAAAUCUUGAAUGCCAAUUUCAGUACCUCGGCGGAGCUGGGCCGCGGCCUGCUCGAAAGGUUGAAUGACUGGUACUCUUCUCUGCCGGAGACCUUUCGACUUCCUAAUUGGAGCAAGUCUGUGAAUGGCCUUGCUCCAUAUCCCACCUCGAUCCACUUUGCUUACCUGUUACUUGUGGUCUACGUGUACCGGGCCAUGUUGAGGCCGAUGGCACGAUCCUCCAGCCCGCCGCUCAUCUUUGACCUGGAAGAUAUGUCGGCUACGUCACCAUUGCCUGUCAAUGAAUCAAUGCUCGACUUUAUGGGUCUCCCCGAAAUCGAAUCCUUGCCAGAGAUUGAAAUAUCGGACGAGUUCGGGACGGGCGAGGCCACCCUACAUGCGGCAGAGAAGUGUGCGUCCAUCUUAGUGAAUUUUACAAGAAGACUGACUUCCAGUGAUUUCACGGGCUUCUGGUACUCCUGGUCGCGAAUCGGGUUUGCGACUAUUUCAAACUACCUCAUGUUGUUGCUGGUACAGGCCCCAAAUGGCGCCCAUGCUAUUCGAGCAAAGCAUCUUGUAGACUCGUGGUUACAUGUUCUGCGAUGCCAAAGCCAAAGUUUCCCGCUCGUCAAGCUUGGCCUUGCUCGUCUUGAUGCGCUUCAUUGGGCAGGACUAAGCAAUACAUUCGUAUUACCUUUACAUGUCCAGGAGGCCAUAGUCAACCCGGAUAUACCGGAGACGUGA